AUGGUGCAGGAUGUCCAACACUUGGGGGGGAUGGUGCAUUCCCAGCCUGUCUUGGUUAUCUCUUGCAGGCAGGGAGUCAUUGCGUUGGCGCACCUCCUCAACUCGCGGAUUCUGGGUCUGGACGGCUUCGCUCCGCAGACGCUGCAGGAGUGGGCAAACCCCCACGAGGUGCUGGGACGUGGCUUGACACCGCAUGGGCACCUCGCUACGGCCAAGACGGACGACGAAGCAGAAGCCGUGCUCCUCGACCAGGACUGUAAAGGCAUUGCCCUGCUUUGGCUGAUUGCUUCUGCACAUGUUGCUGACUGCCGUGUGCCACCGUAUCCUGCUUCGGUUCAUGGCACGGCUACGGGCGCUCCUGCACCUGCUGCAGCUACCAACUGGCCUGCUGAGUCCACCUCUCUGGUCCAGGUGACGCAUUCCCGGCGCUUUCGAGGGGACUCUAUCCUCGCCGUGCAACCGGUGCCUCGGGUGCAGCAUCUACAUGAGCUUGAGAUUCCCAUCAUGCACCCGGCAGCCGGGGCGGACAACCCGCAUGCUGCGGGUCCCAACCACCUCCGUCCAGUGGCGGUUUUCGUGGCUGGGCACCAAGCCGGGGGACCCACCACGGUUGCAGUGGACGUGCGACUGCACGGCAUGCAGAUGCAUCGGGUCCUGCUCCAAUUGCUCGGGUUGUCAUUCCAGCUUUGGCAUGUUCAUGAGCUGCAGACCUUGCUACCCAGCCUGCCUCCUGAGCAGGUCGUGGUCGUGCCGAAUGAAGUUGCAUGGAACCAAGCUUGCAUCCCAGUUGAUCUGUGUGCACUUGGCGGGGGGUAUUCGGUUGUGCGAGGACCGCGUCAGCAGCUUGCGAGCUACUUUCUUGUAGCUGCAGCCCGGAGUCAAGACCUCCCACUCGACCUGGGCCGCACUGUUUGCCUCACCAGGCAUGGGUUCUUUGAUCCUAGCUGCCAAGCCCUUUUGCUUCACGGUAACGACGCCUUGCAAGCUCUGCCGGUGUAUGAUGUGGAGUAUAGCCUGGAGCCACCCACUUCAAGCACGACGUCACACCGUCUGGCGCUCAGCUCCUCCAGCGUGCCAUCACAAGGCCUGGACGACCUCCCCAAUCCAUGGCAACGGGCAGCGGUUAUCACCCUCAAUGGCCUUGUCUUUUAUGACACGGAUCCAUUUCAGGAUCGGGAAGGGCUAUUGCGGUCCGCUUACUUAGCAGUUGAGGAUACCACCCCUAUCUUCCUGCUUCGCGUCUACCCUCCCAUGCCAGGACUACCGCCAGUCCAGUUUGUGCAAGCCAUAGCAUCCGCAUGGCAAACCACUUAUGUUGUUGAUGCAAGGCCCGUUGGAGGCGAAAUCAACAUCGUCUACCUAGGGCCGCGGGCACCGGUGCGCGAUGUCCUCCUGCAGCUGCCCACAUAUCGGAGUGUCGGCCCUGUUGGCUCGGAUCUUGUUGCACGCAUCCGUGAGGGAGAGCUACGUGCCCUCUUUCGGGAAGCUGAGGUUGGUGUCGACACUGCCUUGCCAGGCCAUGCGCCCUUGGCUAUCCUCAUCGCACCCGGACGCAACCGUAGGGCGCAAAGUCUGCCAGCGGAUCCUGAUCGUGCUUCUAGGGCCGUGCCUGCACCGAAUGGCCGUCUGGAAGUGGUGUAUCAUGAUGCAGCCACGCACCUUCGUGUACAACAGACCAUUCUGUCAGGCUUUGAAGGUGACUUCAUGCCGAUUGUCACAGGGUUCGGCUCACUGUUCCAUUCGGUUGAGCUCCGCGUCUGCUUGUGGGCGCCGGACGAUUUCGAGGAGUUCAAGUUCCCAGGCUCGGCCUCUCGGAAUCUCCUCAUGUCACGGCUCACUGAGACUGCCAGAGGAUGGGGCAGGGGCAAUGUGGUGGCUGCCUCCUUUGCACCCAGUGCACUGGCCAUUCAUUUUGUGGCUGUGACCACAGAACCCGGAUUCGCACGGUCCUUUUUACCACAGGUACCAACUGCUGAUUUUGACUUCAACGGGGCCGAUGUUAGUCGAUUUCUGCUUUACGCGGAGAGCCUGAGCCCAUCCCGCUGGCUUGCAUCACCGGCUUACAGGCAGUUGGUCGUGCUCGGGAAACGAAAUGGGGUUUCCAUCCUGCAUGAUGCUGACCUCUCCCGAUCGGCCUUCUGCGCCGCCGAGGAAUGGGUACGCGAAUGUCUCGGGGCCAGGCCUGUUGUGCGGGAAGUUCCUGAGCUCUCUGGAUUGCUUGGAUUCCCCUGCUUUCAGUCAGUGCGCAUCGGGCACACCAAUGCUGUCCUCUGGCUACACGACCACUUUGGCUCCUGUGACACUGGUCUGGCCUUUGCGGUAGAGGGCACCUUCUCGUCUGCUGUGGAUGUUUUCGAAGCUUGUGCAAGAUCCUCCUCCACUGCCAGAGCAGUCUGCAGCAUAGUGUCUAAUGCAGACCUCCGCACGGUUCGCACUGUCCAUGGGGUGUUUGCCGAUGCCAGUAACACCCGCACAUUGUAUGUGCAGAUGGCUUUUGAUCUGCAGGCACUCCCAGGAGGUCAGGUUCAGGCUCAGCCAGAGGGAUGCGUAGAUCUGCUACCCCGGUUCGACCCCAGUGUCGUCCCUCGCACCUACAAACUACCGAAGGCGACCUCCAGGUCCUCCAUUGUGACGAACAGGACGUGA